AGUAGUUGUGGGUUUGGGUGGAGAUCAUGAUAGGAGAAAUAUAAUAUUUUAAUGUAACUUUUUGCCAAAAAAAGAAGUGUAAUAUUUAAAAAAAUACGGCCGGAAAUGAAAAGUGUAAUACUUCAAAAAAAACGCGGAUGGAGUAUGAAGUUAUUGAUUUUUACUGAACUAGUAAAACUUUUUUUUUUUUUUUUAAAUGGGUAAAAAACUAAAAAUCGACAGACUGUACUCCAGUGUUCCUCACCUGCUUGGUCCGCAACCACUCUCAACUAAGAUUCCACGUUGGCGCUGCCUCGCUGCAUUCCUCUCUCUCCCUCCUCCAUUGAAGCGCACUUGAAUUCUCCAUUGAAGCAGCUUCUCAGGACAGAAAUAUGAAAUUGGAAAGUUCUUCUGACGGGCCUGAGAAUGCAGAGAAGCAACAACUGAAGAAUGGUAAAAAUGAUAAUGCUGGAAAUGGAAAAGUGAAGAAGGGAUUAGGAUGGAUAGAAUGGUUUAAAGGGUGGUAUGAUGUGAUUUUUGAGAUGCUAUUUCAGCGUAUUUCUGCUAGUCAUCUUCAAAAUCCUAUGCCUUUGCCUCCCAUUGAAAAUCUUACUUGCAUUGUUACUGGAUCCACCAGUGGCAUCGGUCGGGAAAUUGCCAGGCAACUGGCAGAGGCUGGUGCACAUGUCGUCAUGGCUGUAAGGAAUCCUAAAGCUGCGCAUGAGCUGAUCCAAAAAUGGCAAAUUGAUUGGUCUGGGAAAGGCCUUCCUUUAAAUAUUGAGGUUAUGGAACUUGAUUUGCUGUCUUUGGACUCUGUUGCACAAUUUGCAGAAUCAUGGAAUGCACGAUCAGGACCUUUACAUGUACUAAUAAACAAUGCUGGAAUAUUCUCCAUUGGAGAGCCACAAAAAUUUUCAAAGGAUGGUAAUGAAGAACACAUGCAAGUGAAUCACUUGGCCCCAGCAAUGCUAUCGGUGUUGCUUUUGCCUUCCCUUAUUAGAGGCUCUCCAAGUCGCAUAAUCAAUGUGAAUUCCGUGAUGCAUUCUGUUGGUUUUGUUGACCCUGAAGAUUUGAAUGUUGUUACCGGAAAGAGAAAAUUUACAAGUUUGGUGGGAUACUCAAGCAGCAAACUUGCUCAGAUCAUGUUUAGCAGUAUCUUUCAGAAACGGUUACCAGCAGAAUCUGGCAUUAAUGUUGUUUGUGUCUCGCCAGGCAUUGUUCAUACCAAUGUUGCAAGAGAUCUUUCCAAAAUUGUUCAAGCUGCUUACCAUCUGAUACCGUACUUCAUUUUUAGUCCCGAAGAAGGUUCUAGAAGUACCCUUUUUGCUGCAACUGAUCCUCAGAUUCCAGAAUACUGUGAGCUGUUAAAGGCAGAUGAAUGGCCUACUUGUGCUUUCAUUUCCCAGGAUUGUCGCCCUUCAAAUCCUUCAGAAGAAGCACACAACAUUGGAACUUCAACCAGGGUUUGGGAGAAGAGUCUAGAGAUGAUUGGUCUUCCUUCAGAUGCUGUUGAGAAGCUGAUAGAAGGGGAGGAAGUCACAUGUCGCUAUGGUCAUCAACAGGAGUAGGUUUUUUCCUGCAAAAACAAAUCGAAAGGACAGCUUGGUCUUAGUAUUGGUAUUGGUACUUAUAUACUUGUGGCCUUAUGAGCAUAGCUGAUCAACACGGCAUUGUGUUAUGAGCAGAGAUGAGGUUUUGUCGUCUUGUCAGUAUUGGGUAAUGAAAGUGAAUUUUAACACUUAAUACAAUAUUAUCAGUCAGAAGAUUGUAUUGUAAAAAGUCAAGGAUCAGCCUAUAAUGUGAUGGAAGUUGAGUGAGCUUCAAGUUGUGUAUCCUUUGCAAUUCACUUUUUAAGGGGCAUCAUGAAGUCACUUCUUCAUGACUAAUAAUUUUUUUGCUGUCAAAUACAGGUGAUUAAUGGAAAAUGUUUUGCUGAUUGUAACUUAUAAGGAUCCCUGGUCCUCACAUUGUAAUUGGCUAGUUGUGAUUUGUGAAUAUACUACGUAUAUAUUAAUGAUUCCUAGUUUUAUGGUUUUUGAUUUA